GCAGCGGCAUCUGAUUUCUCACACCUUCUUCUGUACGCCGGGAACUUUCUUUUUCUUUUCUUUUCUUUCGUUUUUUUUUUUAUUCUUUCUUUCUUUCUUUUUUUUCAAUUUAACUAUUCUUGCAUAGCUGUUUUGAAUUAAUCAAGGCCAAAAGACAAUUAGGAUACCGCGCAGUCCUGUCUGGUUUUGACUCCUGUCAGGGGUGAUGGUAGCCUAUAAUUUCCAAACACAGGACUCCUUAGACGAUGGUAUAUCUUUUAGGAAAUAGGGGGACACUUUUGGAGACGUGCUAGGUUGUCCGCAACUAUUUUUCCCCUCUUGUUCUUACCUUUACUUUGUCUCAAAUCAUGGCACUCUACUCUCGCUUUGUGGUCGUGCUGCUUUACGGAUGGAGCUAUCUGUGCGUUGGAUACUGCGCGAUGCUGAAAACGGACAAUGUCCCCGAGAGGCGAAAGUUGGAUUUUACGCAUUCGGUGGAUAAAAAGUACACGACAAAGGAAGAUCAUGACAUGCUUUUGCAGGAUACAAUGACGGAGCACAUGCAGAUGCUUUACGCGAAGUACAACCGCGUUGGAUUUCCGUUCAGGGACGGCAACACUGUCCGCAGUUUCAAAGCGCACUGGGGUACUAUAAACAAGAAGCAGCUGCAGAUUUUCAACCUCACCUCCCUCACCAAGUCAGAAGACGUGCUGUCAGCCACUCUUCAUUAUUACAUUGGAGACCUUCAGAACAGCACCCGCGGCUGCUACAGGUCCAAAGGCUGCUCCCGCCACGGCCCCCGGAGACACAGCCACAUCCACAUGGUCAUCUGGAGUUUUGCCUCUGUGGACAACAAGAUGAGGAGUCUUGGACACUUUCAGAUCAAUGUGUCCACCCUUUACAGGGACUUCAUAUCGUGGCAAUGGAAGGACAUUACGCGUGUGGUCAAUCAGGCCAAACACCACGACGAGCUGCUCAUCGGGAUCGAUGUUGCUUCGCAAGGGCCCCAGCCUUGGAAGAAGCUCCUGUCGGACCGCUCGCCCUACAUCCUGGUUUACGCCAACGACUCUGCCAUUUCGGAGCCUGAAAGCGUGGUCGCCACUCUCCAGAGACGCCACUUGGUGGGCGGCGAGGGCUCCGUUUCACACAGCUUUCAUAAACUAGGGCUGCAAGAGCGAAACAACACUGAGCAGGACCAGCCGCAGCCCAGGCACAAGCGCUCAGUCAGCGUCCUUCUCCCGUUACAGAACAAUGAACUUCCCGGUCCAGAGUAUCCGUACGAGACGACCGGGUGGGACGAGACGAGUCCGUACGAGCCCUUUGAAAACAAGCAGGCCCGUCGGCCGCGGAAAAAGACGCGCAAGAACCAGAGACACAAGAUGCCCCUGCUGCAGUUCGACGAGCAGACGAUUAAAAAGGCACGAAAGAAGCAGUGGAACGAGCCCAGGAACUGCGCUCGCAGAUACCUGAAAGUGGACUUUGCCGACAUUGGAUGGAGUGAAUGGAUUAUAUCACCCAAGUCAUUUGAUGCUUACUAUUGCUCAGGGUCCUGUCAGUUCCCGAUGCCAAAGGCUCUGAAGCCGUCUAACCACGCAACCAUCCAGAGUAUAGUGCGGGCUGUGGGUGUCGUACCAGGCAUCCCCGAGCCCUGCUGUGUCCCAGAGAAGAUGUCUUCCCUCAGCAUCCUUUUCUUCGAUGAGGACAAGAAUGUGGUGCUGAAAGUCUACCCCAACAUGGCUGUAGAUGCUUGUGCCUGCCGGUAGUUCUUUUUUUUGUGUGUGUGUUUUGUUUUUGUUUUCAAAUACUCCUGCUCCACACGCACCUCAUAUCAGACAGAAAAAUAACAAAAAGAAAAAAACAACAAAACAUUCAGUCAAAAAGAUGGUUUCUCCUCCUGCUUCUUCAGUCAUACUCAUGAAAACGCAUCAACUGAACUUUCCUUUUUGCACUGGAGGAGAGCGCUGCCCGUUGUUCCAGGUGAAGAGGAAGAUCGGUGUGUUCAUGGGAAGAACUGGAUCGUCUGUGUGUGCGGUCCUCGUGGAAGAUUAUUGGAACUGACAAUCAAAUCUCCAUGCUUUUUACCAGCACCACUCUUUAUCUUCGUAUUUAUCAUCGCUGCUCAGUUACCUGUUGGGUGGUAGGAGGGUGGAUGCAAUUGUAAACUCAAUAUUAAUCAAUAAAAGAGGCUAAAACUGAGGGAAAAUAUUCAGUUUUGCAGAAAACUGAUCUCAGCUUGAACUGAUGCCUCGUGGGCGAGUAGCAUUAGUGGGGGGGCUCACUCAUCUUUCUCUCCUUUAUAGUUCAGAGUCGUCUUCACUCCUUACCACAGUCACCUCUGCUCGCACUUGCAUGUUUUUUUUUUUUUUGUUUUGUUUUUUUGUUACUGUGUGUAAGUAUUUAUGUCUGUACUAUCACUGUGUUAUUCACUAUAUGAGAAGAUAUUGUAUAAUUAUUGGCUUGGCUGCUAUAGAGGGUUAUAUUAGAUUCCAAAGCCAAAAUUGUGACGUAGACCAUAGAUUACCCUACAUGUUUGUGGUUAGUUCAUUGCUUCACUGUUGUACAGUCUCCACAUUUUAAGAGUUUAUUAUAUGCAGGAGAGUAAGCUACUUUUUUCUGGUAUUUUGUCAACAUCUAAGAUUACAUUUUAUUUUACCGACAUAAUGAGUGAACUUCAAACAUACGGAAUAGCUCAUAUCAAUGUAAGAAACUACUACUUUGAAUAAAAGCUGGUAACUUGUUUUCAUUAA